AUGGCCACAGCCAUCUCCUCGAGCUCGGGCAUCCUGGCGACUUCGCUGGGCUUGGCCAAGUGCGACACCCUGCAAGUCAGGAGCGCCAUCCGGCCGGGGCGGAGCCCCAAAGUUGGCAGCGCAGAGGAGGUCUUGGAGCCCUUCCUCGAGUCUGACAGCAUGGUCUUCAUCCACGGCGGGUCCGCCACACCGCAGCCCCUGAUCCAGGGCAUGAUCAACGUUGCCAAGGCCAAGAGGCUGCGGAACCUGCGGACCAUCCACAUCCACCUGGAGGGGCCCGGGCCCACGCCAGCGGAGGACCCUGAAGCUGCGGAGCACAUCACUCCCAUCUGCACCUUCGUGGGUCCCAACCUCCGCGAUGCCGUGCAGAGGGGGGAUGCGCACUUCAUGCCGAUUCACCUUCGUGACCUCCCGUUGCUCUUUCGCAAGCAGCUGGUGCGCCCGGAUCUUGCACUGCUGCAGUGCUCCGUUCCUGACGCGCAUGGCUUCUGUACCUUGGGCACCUCGGUCGACUGGGCACGCAGCGCGGCGGAGCACGCCAAGAAGCUGGUGGCCCUCAUCAACCCGCAGAUGCCACGAGUGCACGGAGAUGGCAUCAUCCACUUCUCGCAGUUUGAUGGAGUUGUCCACCAUGACGCCCCGCUGUUGACCUACAAGGCCAAGGAAUUGCUUCCGGAAGAGGUAGAGAUCGGGAAGCACAUCGCCUCCCUGGUGCCGGACGGCGCCACGCUGCAGAUGGGCAUCGGCUCUGUGCCCGAUGCCGCGCUGGCGCAGCUGGGCGGCCACCGGAACCUCGGGAUCCACACGGAGAUGUUUUCGGAUGGGGUGUUGCCCCUGAUGGAGUCCGGGGUCAUAAACAACUCCAAGAAGGCGUCCUAUCGGGGUGUCACCAUCAGCUCCUUCGUGAUGGGCAGCCAAAAGCUCUUUGACUUUGUGGAGGACAAUGUCAGCGUGAAUCUCAAGGACGUUGCCUACACCAACAAUGUGGAGGUCAUCGCCUCUCAGGAGAAGAUGAUUGGCAUCAACAGCUGCAUUGAGAUGGACAUCACCGGCCAGGCCGCCUCUGCUUCCAUCGGCUCCCGCAUCUACUCGGGCUUCGGCGGCCAGGUGGACUUCGUCAGCGGCGCCAGCGGCUGCGCCAGGGGCAAGGGCAUCCUCGCCAUGUGCAGCCGGAGCCGCAAGGGUGCCCCGCGCAUCGUGCCGCAUUUGCGGGAAGCCGCUGGGGUGGUCACGACCGAGGCGCAAGUGCAUUACGUCGUCACGGAGUAUGGCUGGGCGAAUCUGUUUGGCAAGACGCUGCCCGAGCGUGCACGGCUUUUGACAGACUUGGCGCACCCGGACGACCGGGAAGCACUGGAGAGAGCAUGCAAGCACCGCUUUGGGCGAGCUUUCCGGUGA